AUGCGACUUUAUGCUGCUAGAUUGAAAGAAACCCAGCCUUUGUAUUCUAUUACGUCUUCAGAAAUAUAUAUAGCGAUUGCAGGAGUAAAUUUUGUUCAUAUUUUACCAACUACCUUUUUUCCUGAGAUUUCAUCCAACGAAAACGUAAACGCUUUAACAGAAGAGUGCUUUUCCGCUAAACUACAAUUCCCAGCUCCCGUGACAUGCGUCCGAUUUUCAAAGGAUGGUCGAUACCUCGGAAUUGCUACGGAAGACGGAACGUUCCUUUAUGAAGUAGAGACAUGGGAUUCGCCUUUGCAAACGAUCGCUGGGCCUGCCUACGAACUUUGCUGGAGUCAACAAGCUAACUUGCUGGCGACGGCGUGGAAGAGCAUAUCUAUUUAUUUGCGUAAAGAAAAAGAAAUGCCAAAUAUGUCUGAGAAUGGCCAUACCACAGAAAAGCUGGAAUCUCAGAUGGAGGAAGGGCCCGAAAAUUCGUCCACUGAAAAGAAGCACUCAAACUAUAAUAAAGUCUUUGAAUACAGUCUUUUAAAAGUGAUAGACGGACACCAUUCUUUUAUUUGCGGGCUUGCCUUUGAUCCUCUAAGCCAAUAUCUGGCAUCACAUAGUUUAGACCGCUCUUUGAAAAUUUGGAGAUUAGCAACAUUUGCUCUGGAGAAAAACAUCUCUAAGCCUUUUGAACAUAUGCCCAUUAACAGCCGUUAUCUUCGUUUAAGCUGGUCUCCUGAUGGAGCCCACAUUGCCGCAGUCAAUGCUAUAAAUGAAGGAAUAAACGUAAUUGCUAUUGUUCAACGAGACUCGUGGACAUUCGACAUCAGCUUGGUUGGCCAUCAAGAGUCUUUAGAAUGCACAUCAUUCAAUCCCUAUUUGUUCAGUGAUCCAUUUCAAAAAUCAGUCAUAGCUAGUGCGGCCCACGACGGAUGUAUUUGCAUUUGGAACACAGCAUGCGCACGUCCAGUACUCGUCAUUAAAAACAUUACACUUGCUGCCUUUUGUGACAUACAAUGGUCGAAUAGCGGGUUUGAACUCUACGGAGUGUCAUUAGAUGGACAUAUUUGUUUAUUGAGGUUUGAAGAGUCUGAAUUUGGUCCAAAGAUGGAUCAAAUUGAAUAUCCAGAAGACUUAUCAAACUGCAACUUUUUGAAAAAGCCAUAUGGACCCAAAAACACAUUAGAGCCCACUGUUAUAGUUUCUGCGCCCUUACCAAAUACAACCACCGAGGUCCCAAAAGUCCGUUCUCCCCCUUCUUCACCUCCAUCUGUAAAGAAAAGAAAAGUACUUAAGAAAAAGGUUACUCUACGCCCUGCAUCGAUUCACCCAGCAACAUUGUUUUCACAAAUCCGUAUCGGCAAUCCUUUGGUAAAACCGAAAUGGGAAAUUACUAAAUCCUUCGGGACAAUGCGGAUUAGAAAUCAUCAGGAAUGUACAAAGAUAGAAUGCUAUACAGGGAAUGAGGGCGAAAACAAUCCCGACUGGGUGACAUAUCUUUCUUCUUCAGUGGUCCUUGCGAAUGGUACGAAAAAGUUUUGGGCUGCGGGAACAGAAGACGCUUCGGUUCAUGUUUUUAGCCCUCAUGGAAGACUUCUGUUGCCGCCUCUUGUUGUAGGUUCGACACCAUGCUUUUUGGAAUGCUGUGAAUCCUACCUAUGCUGUGUAGCUUCCAAUGGCUUACUUUACACAUGGGAUGUGAUUUCCUCUAAGGCAGUUCAUAAUCCUGUUAGUAUGCUUCCGCUGUUUCAUGCGAAUUUUUCAAAUUCAAAAGUUGCAAAAGGUCCUUCAUUAGAGCAGUUGUUUGUAACUGAUACGGGUACCCCAAUUGCAGUCAUGAGUGAUGGAAACGCUUUUGCAUACAGUCCAAUUACGAGCUCCUGGCUACGGGUUAGUGAAGGAUGGUGGAUGAUAGGUAGUCAGUACUGGGGUUCACUUGUUACAGAUUCUCGAGAAGAAAGUGCGAUGAGCUUCUUAGAGCGAUGUACGGAUGAAGAAAUUAUCAAAGCUGGAAGAGGAAGAUUCUUGCAAAGAACUGUUAAAGCCUCUAUGCUCCGUCAAGGUUAUGAUAAUUACGAAAUGGUUGUGAGUAUUCGGCAUCUUGAAAACCGUCUUAUGAGUUCUGAAAAGCUAAGUUUGAAGUUUGACUUUCAUGAAAAUCUUUUAUUAUAUGCGAAUCGAAUUGCCGAGGAAGGAAUGAAGGAUAAAAUGGAUGAAUUAUGUCGUGAACUACUUGGUCCCUUGCGAGUCCCUUUAAGCUGCACCACUCCCGUAAAAAUCGGCGAUCGUAUUUGGAAUCCUUUCAUUUCUUCUUCUUUAAACAAGCGAUCACUACUCAAGGAAAUCAUAUUACAUACGGCAAAACAUAGAGAAAUCCAAAGGAUUACUUCUCAAUACUCUUACCUGCUAGAACAUAUCCCUGCCUAA